ACAGGUGAUAAAUCUGACGGUACCCGUGCCAUGUCCGUUUGCUAGCUCAUUAGUCUUAAUAAAAUCUCACAAAAUGAGAAAGGCAUUUAUAUCAAUUCUGGCGGUACUCGCGUUCGCCCAGAUCCGGGGAUCCGACGUCGGGAAAGACGGGUUCAAUUUCUAUAAAGAUUACUUACGUGCUCGCUCCGACGAAGCGAUGCUAGAACCUGGUUCUGAAGAACGGACAUUGUAUUUCUACCGAACACCAUUACAAUUAUAUCCCGGUUUACUGCCCGUCCUGGAUCAAGAAUACAGAAAAAGAACAGGAAAUGCCUUUAAAAAUCACAUGUUGAGCAAGGAGUUAAGGGCAGAAGAUGUGCCCGGCAAAAGGAGUUCCAAAACAGCGCUCUCUCUCAUGCUACAGGGAAAGCAACAUCCAUAUUAUGAGAAAAUGGGGCAUUAUUGUCCGUACGGCAAAUAAUGGUGUUCAGUUGUCAUGGUGCUGACGUCGUACAGAGUGAUGACAUGAAAAUACCCAUAGAAUAGAAAUAUUAAUUUUUCUAAAGUUUUAUUUCUAGAAAAUUGUAAGAGAAAUUCAAUUUAUGUAACACUUAUUAAUUGCUGUAUCUAAAAUAAAAUAUUCAUUUUUAAUUUUUAAAUUCCUUAUUUAGUCAAUCAGAGUAUAGAAUGUAUAUAAUAUAUCAUUGCUUGCCAUAGUUCAUAUCUACCAAAGAUAUCUGUAUACUACGUCUUUAUAUACAAAGAUCUUCUUCAUCUCUUUCUUAUCUCUUUUUUUAGCCAAUUUUAUACACAAUAUGUCAAAUGUGUCUCUACAUAACAUCUACAUAAAAAAAAUCUUUUUUUUUAUAUUUCUGUUUAAACGAUCGUAGUUUUUGCAAACUUACCUACAUAUACAUAUAUAAUAACGUAUAAGUAUUAAAGAAUUUAUACUGUUAUAAAUGUUGUGAUAAAAAAAAGUAUUAUUUAUCACGACGAUCGUUUCCAUUAAAAUUUGCCACAAAUUUUUAGACAUAUAUUCUAUAUUAUAAAAAUAGGGAGUAAGAAUGAAUCUUUUGGAUAAAAUUGUAUUAUAAAAUUAUGUUGAAGACUCAGAUGCUGUAAGAAUAAGAACUAGGUAGAAGUGACACUCUCGUCAAUAAUAAUAUCGAGUUCAUCGCUCAAAUCGUAGGCACGUACGUUUAGUUCCUUUAAUUAGUGCGGUCGUGCGCCACUCAGAGAGCAUGUUUAAUAUUAAGCCACAAGAUGGCGUAUUUCUUUUAUUUAACAACCAAAGUACUAAAAUUGACGAUUUGUUUACUUAGCAACAAAAAAAAAAUAUAAUUUCACAUAAUAAAAAUAACGUUUAUGUUAUAUGUACUAUAUAUAUUAUUGAUAAUUUUAUCCAUGUCGUGUAUGAGUUAUCAGAUAGCAUGUGAUGUCGUUACUCCUAUGGUAGAGGGAGGAGGUUAUUACAUUUUAUAAAAGGUCGAAAGAAACCAUGUUUAAUAUAGUUAUCAUUUUCGAUGAAUUUGGUAGUGUUAAGUUCAAAAAUAAUAAAAAAGAUGACCGUUGUAAAACUUUUUCACAAAAGAUUUACUAGCAAUUAGUAACACUAUAUUGCUCAAAUUUAUUCAUGUAUAAAUUCAUAAAUUGUAUGUAUCGGUGUUAAUUCUACUGGCAGGUGGGUACCGUACUCUACAUUUGUCCAUACAAACCUAGAGUACGGUGUACCGGAUUGCUUUUUAUUAUUUAUGUACGACAAAGUGAUUUAUCAAAUGAUUAUAAAUUUGUUACCACCCUAUUUGAGUGAAGGAAUGUGGAGUACAUUUUGUUGGUAUCGCUACACUUACAUAGAAAGUACGUGAGCGUCACUUCUACCCAGACUAUUUAUUCUUAUGCCAUGGUAUUAAAACAUUUAUAAUAUUGCUAUAACUAUUUCAUUUUAAUAUAAUACAAUUAAAAAUUGAAUAAACUUUGACUACUCUCUUAGUGUUCUGUAUGUGUAGUAUUAUUAAAAUAUAUUAAAUCCUAUAAAUAAAUAAUUAUGUAUAAUAAUUGUUGUGAUUGUUGAUAUUUGGUGGAACUUUGUAUACAUAUUGAUAUUAUUAGAAAAAUUAUUUGUAUUCUCCAAGUACAAGUGCUUUUAUAAUAAUACCAAAAUAAUACGUAAUUGCUAAACAUACUACAUAAUUAUGUGCUUUAGUAAAAAUAUUAAAAUAUGAUAUUAGAAGGUCCAUGAA